CCCAGGGAAGUCCCAGUUGUUGUUGUUUCUGUAUUACAGAAGCGGAAAUAGGCUCAGAGAGGUCCCACAGAAUUUUGAUGUACAUAUUUCUCAACCUUGUCUUCCCCUGUCACAUUCCCUUGAAACUUGUCUUCUUCAAGCUAAAGGAAGUCCAACCUUAAUUCCUCUUACUGCCAUGAGGGUGUCCUUUGCUUUUCCUCAGUGUGCCAGGAUGGAAGACCCAGGAUAGGAGAUCCUACCUUCUGGGCAGGGAGGGGCAGAAACUGAAAUAGAAACCUUUUCUUGGGAGAGUGAGGAGAAGGUGGGCCCCAUCAGACUACAGGAGAAGCCUGUAGUCUGGUGGGGUGAGCUGGGACUACUGUUGCUCAUUCUGGGAGAAGUUUGGGAUUGGGGAGCCUUUUCUGGCAUGGGAGGGGCUAGGGAGUUCUCAGGGAGAGGUCACUCUGUAUCAGUGGAGUCACUGGGUACAGGCCCACAGAGGCAGGAGCAGGAAGCUGGUCUUGAUAAGGCACUUGGAAUGGUAUGGCUGGAAGAUGCUUUUGUGGUACAGAUGGGGAAAAGUGAGGCCCAGAGAGGGGCAGAGGCUUUCCCAGAGACACAGAGCAGGGCAGGAGCCCAGGUCUGGACACCACUCCACUGCCACUUGGCUCUCCCAUCAAGGAGCCUGGGCUGUGCAGUGGGAGAGGGUACAUCUUCAACUAGGUCCUUGACGACUCCUGCCAAGCUUCAGAGAUGGCCUUAUGUGAGCACUUAUCAUACUCAGGACACAGUGUCAGGGAACAGUGCCUGUCCUGUGUAGGUAGGCAGUGCUGUGGUAUUACAGCAUGCCAUCAGAAAGGGUAGGAGUAACCCAAGGACACACAGCUAAUACAUGGUAAAGCCUGGACCUUGUUCUCCAAGGUCUGGGUCUUCUCAGCUCCAACAGAGCCUCCUGGAAGAACACAGUCUCGCUAGCCCAGACUGAGAGUCACAGGAAGGGGGUACAGGAUGUUUGUGGGAUCUGGGCUAUCUCUGGCUUCUCCCAACCCUUCCACCUGCCUCCCAUCCCACAUGCCAGCCUGUCAGCUUGUAUUGAGGCAGACACCCAGGGGCUCUGUUGAUAAGCUGGGAACUUCUGAAGUUUCUUCAAAAUGGAUCAUCUAAAUUUCCCACAGUGUAAGAUUCCAUGCUUUUCACUCUUCAGCAAGCAAACUCCUGCCUAUCUUAUAAAACCCAGCUCAGAGGUACAGCAAAUGACCAUGUACAAAGCCACAGAGGGAGUCACAUCACAUUCCAAAGAAUCUUACAGUCCAUGAUCUCUGACCACAAUGAAAUACCAUUAGAAGUCAACAAGAAAUAUAAACCUCCCAUAGGUUGAGAAACUAAAAAACACACUUCUAGAUCAUCCAUGGGUUAAAGAGGAAAUGACAAUGAAAUUAUGAAAUAUUUAGAACUGAAUGAUAAGGAAAGCACAAGCAGUUUCUACUUCCUUUGUGAAGUCAAAGUCCCUGGGCCCACGUGCUGAGUAUCUUCCGCUGCCCCUCCAGAUGCACUCCAACCUCCUCCUCCAAGCUCUAGGUCCCAGGAGGCUGACCUCUAUGGGCUGCAUCAACUGGUUCCCUUGCCCUUGGCUUCUGGUAGGAUUUGGCCAAUGGGGAAAUCUUGCCAGAAAUCAGAGGGAGGGAAGUGGGGCCCCUUUUACCCCCAGUCUUUUGCAGUAUGAUUGCUGUGGGCUGGGUAUGUCCCUCAAGCUCGGGCCACAGCUCUGGUCAGUAAUGCCAUCCUCAUGGCUCCCACUUUUACCCCUCCCUCCAGCUCAGGAUAGACAGCAAAGGGCUACUAGUCCUUUGGUGAUAUGCUAUCCCUGUGGUUUCCUUACACCCUGACUAUACUUCUAAACACUGCUUUCUUUAAACUCUCCUCAAAGCACCCACUUUGGGUAUUCCAUGUGUUUCACGCCGAUAACUCCACACUUACCAAGUGCUCGCUGUCAGUCCAUAACCGUGUUCUCACAACUGGAUGACUAAGCUCGGACCUUGUGUUAUCUCUGUGUGUUGACCCCCCAGCUGACCUGUCAGCACCUGAGGCCAGCAACCGGGUCAGCUCCGUCACCUGAUCCCCUGCUCUCAGUGCACAGCCAUGCUCAAUAAAGGGUAUUAAUUACGAUAUCAAAUAAAUGAAGGACUAGGUUUGAAUUCCUUCUGCAUACACUAGAGCAUGCAAAUGUUGGCCUAUGGAGGAUCUGGGGCUGAGUUAAGACUCAGACACCAAAAAAAAAAGAGAGCUUUAGACUGGGAUAAAAAUAGGUAUUCAACAAAAGAAAGAAUCUUCAGUUCUAUGAGCUAAGAUUUUUAAGGAUCCAGUGUGUUCUCAUGCCAUCCAGCAAGCAGAAGAUCCAGACACAAGGGGAGCCCAGUGGGGCUUCUGUGCCAUGUAAAUGCCCAUCUCCUGCCUCGAGCUCUCCCUUAUCCCUGCCUGCUCACCUCUCAUACCCCUCCAAGGUGACUUCUGUAGCCCAUCUGUCUGCCUUGGCUCUCCCACCCUAGAAGGCCUCGAACCUUCCCUACCACCCUAGGGCAGAGCCAGCCAACUGGUCCCUGGGCCUGGGGCGCACCGUGUGCAUUUUGUGCUGCUGCAGAAUAUUUGUCUGCCCUCAGGGGAAGAACCCAAGUAGAAAGUAGCAAAAGCAAAUCAGGUCUUGAAGUCUUUGGAUUUGGCUGGAAGAAAGUAAGGAAAGAAGCUAUCCCAAAGUGGGAACAGCUGGAACAAAAAUGUGGUGGGGGAAAUGGGGUGACUUCCGCCCAGGAGUGAGGACCAUCUGCCCAGCCUAAGUCAAGACCCCAGCCCUGGUGGGGGAGGUGAAAGUCUGUGAUUUGAGCACUCUUGAGGGCCAGUCCUUUCAGGGCUGGGGUAAGGGACUCAGCUCAUUGUACCCAAGGCAUUCAUUCAUUAAGUGCCUGCUAUGUGCCAGGCACUAUGCCAGGAGCUGAGGGUAUGGGAGUGCAUAGUGAUCUCCAGCUCAGGGACACACGAGACACAGAAGAUUCUAGGAGGGCAAGGAAACCACCAUUAUCCAGCUCCAGACAGAAGCUGGGCUUGUCCCCAUUUUACAGUCGAAGAAGUUGAGGCUGCCUCCUUGGCCCUCCUGAGAGGGCCAGCUCUUAGUCCUUUGCCCCUGGGAAGCUGGGGGAGCGAUACAGACUCUCCGGAAAGGCGGGGGUAUUGGGGUUGGGGGGGGUCCCCUCUCCCCGCCCCUUCCCCGCCCCCUGGCCGCAGCGUGGCCGGGCAGGGAGGGCCGGGGCGGAGUUGGCGUCGCCUUGGGGCGGGAGGGCGACGCGGGCUCGGCAGGCAGACGGGCGAGAGGACCGGCGCGGCCGGCGACGAGCAAAAGGAGGGGACCGCCUGCUGGGGAUGUGACCUCGCGGCCAGAGUGGACUCGCGCUAGCCCACCCGGCGGACCCCGGCAUCCGCAGGGCCUGCCCCUGGACCUCUGGCCCUCGGCCUAUCCUGGCCAUGGCGCUGUGCCUGAAGCAGGUGUUCGCCAAAGACAAGACGUUCAGGCCGCGGAAGCGCUUCGAGCCGGGCACACAGCGCUUUGAGCUGUAUAAGAAGGCGCAGGCGUCGCUCAAGUCGGGUCUGGACCUGCGCAGUGUGGUGAGGCUGCCACCGGGCGAGAACAUCGACGACUGGAUCGCCGUGCACGUGGUGGACUUCUUCAACCGCAUCAACCUCAUCUACGGUACCAUGGCCGAGCGCUGCAGCGAGAGCAGCUGCCCGGUCAUGGCCGGCGGGCCCCGCUACGAGUACCGCUGGCAGGACGAGCGCCAGUACCGGCGGCCGGCCAAGCUCUCGGCGCCUCGCUACAUGGCAUUGCUCAUGGACUGGAUUGAGGGCCUCAUCAACGACGAGGAUGUCUUUCCCACGCGCGUGGGAGUUCCCUUCCCCAAGAACUUCCAGCAGGUCUGCACCAAGAUCCUGACCCGCCUCUUCCGCGUCUUUGUGCAUGUCUACAUCCACCACUUCGACAGCAUUCUCAGCAUGGGGGCCGAGGCUCACGUCAACACCUGUUACAAGCACUUCUAUUACUUCAUCCGUGAGUUCAGCCUGGUGGACCAGCGGGAGCUGGAGCCACUGAGGGAGAUGACAGAGCGGAUCUGUCACUGAGCCCAGACCUGGACCUUGUUGCCCGUCAGAUGGACCAUCUGAACACAGAGUGGCCAGGGAGGGGACCCUCAGAAGUCUGGUAGCAGAGGGACCUGAAGGCCCUGGGGCCCCUCCACACACCCAAAGCCCCUGGACUUCUGGUUCUCAGGAGUCUGCCCACAUGUCCCCCUGACUGUUUGUGAGUGGAGUAGGGAAGAGCUUAAAGGUGGGCAGACAGGUAAAAAGGAGCAGCUAAACCCUUAGCAUGAAGUCUAGUCUGCUCUGACACUUGACCCUUCCACGGUGAUUGCCAAGCCUGUUUGGGGAACGUGGAUGUGGCUGAAGUGACGGCAAGAAAGAUGCAAGAGCAUGAGCAGCCUAUGAGUGAGUGGACACGGAUGACAUGUGUAUAUCGGUGUGUACGUGUAUGAUUUUGACUGUGGGGUGUGUCUGUGAGAGCUACGUGCCUUAGACUGUUCCUGGCACAUAGGAGGCCCUCCAUAAAUGUUAGGUAAAUUGAUGGAUGGAUGGAAGGGAAGGAAGGAAGGAAGUAGGGAUUAGGGCCAUCGGACCAUGACCACUUAGGAAUGAUGACGAGUCAGUCUCCCCAUUUGGUGUGUCUGACUGUGUGUGUAAGUGCAGGAACUGUGGUGGUAGAUGUGGCUCCGUGUUUGAAUCUUCCAGGCUACCAUUUUCCAUCAGCAUGAGUUCUGGGGAGCCACUGAUGGGGGGAGGUAGGAAGGGGGGCCCUGCCCUGACUAAAAUCCUGGCCCACCAUAGGUUCUGAUUUGCUCAGCUAGAGAUGCCCAGGAGCUGUCAUUUCCCUCUUCCCUCUGCCUCCAGAAGGCCUGAUUAUAGAUAGCCUCAUGGGCGUCAGGGGUGAUUCUUCAUGUCCACAAAGAUCCCCAGUCCUUAAAUCAGGAAUCAUACACUCCAGUCUAGCUUCCUGAAUCUCCAGAUGUGGUUGUGAGGAUCUGAAGCCCAGCACAAGAUAAUCCUCCAACCCACAAAGCUAGUGAGCUUGAAUAGGGAAGCUCCGGAGCCUUAUCUCCCACCUGGGACAUUGAGGACCACAUAGCUGUGAAUGGACUCUUCCAGGCUUGGAGAGCCCCCAUCCUGCAAGUGCCUGCCUCCUUCCCAACCAUCCCUGAAAUAUUCCAGCUGGUUGGAUCUCAGAGCAUAGCUGUCCACAGAGAAACUGGCCAUGCCCAGCCCUGCGCCCAGACCCACAGGUGGGGAAACUGAGGCAGGGACAAGGCCCUCCUCUCCUGGAGACAUCAGGCUGGGGGGCCAGGAUGGAGAGCCAGAAGGAAUCUGAGGAUCAUCCAGUCUCACUCAGAA